CCCGCCAAACAUCGACGCCAGUGCGCAGGACCGGAAAAAAGCUCAGUUUCCGGUUAAACAACAGUGACGAUGGUUUACGUAUCAAAUGGUCAGGUUCUGGACAGCAGGACCCGGUCUCCCUGGAGCCUGUCCUUCCUCAGCGACCUCUUCUGGGGAGCCGUCGAGUUCAUCGGCUUGUUCUUCCAGACUCUUGUUCAGCCAGACCUGUCCAAAGAUGGACACAACAGCUCAUCGUCUCGCUUCAGCGAUGGCCGAGGUCCUCCUGGAUUCCCUGGGCGCAGACGGAUGGGCAGAAUAAACCACGGCGCCGGUCCCACCCCUCCUCCUAUGGGUGGAGGAGGAUGAGGAAGGUAAACGCCUGCACCCAGAUGCAGGCGCGCAGGGGUGUGACGCGCUGCUCUUAGGCUGCAUGCUGCUCAGAUAGGGCUCCGGCGCAGACACACACUCAGUACGUCACACUCCUCUUCCCACGGCUGCCUCUGCUCUUAGCGCAGUUAUUUGACGUUACUCUGGGAAUUCCUUGUCUGAGGGGCCAGAGUGACUGAUCAUGGCAGCCAAACCCCAGCCACCAUCAUUAAAGAGCCAACACACACACACACACACACACACACACACACAAAUACAUGUUACAUAACUUCUCUUUUUUUUUUUUUGUAAUAUCUUCCAAAAGUAAUGUUGUAUUGGGUGUUGUAUGAACACUUUGCAUCAAUAAAGUAAGUUAUAAUGUUC